AUGGGAGACUUAUUUAGUUGUUGCGGUUCUUCGGAUAGAAUUGAACCAUCUUCACCAGAUGCAAAGGCCAAUUUCAAAGGUCCUGUAAAAGGAAGAUCUUGUACAGAUUGCUCAUUUUUGGUCCUCUUCUUGUUUGUAUUGAUAUCCUUGUUUGGAUUAGUCAUAUACUGUACAACAAAUGGUGAUGUAAAUCGUCUGUUCUAUGGCUUUGAUGAAUGUGGUGACAUUUGUGGAUUUAAAAAUAAAAACCCUGAUCCAAAAUUUUGCACUGGUAAAGACAUGACAAAUAAACCAUUCUUAAAAAUUGAUGCUCCUAUUUAUAAAGUAGCCGAUUUAAAAUACGUCAAGAGAGAAUGUGUAGAGAGGUGUUCUGAUUUUAAGGAUUACCAAGAGUUCUUACAUAGAUGUAUUCCAAAAGGCAAUGAAUCAGCCAUCAACAAUAUUUUAACAAAUUCAUCAAUUGGCAGCUUGUUUCAGGAGAUGACUCAAGAUUUACAACACACUAAAUGGGAUAUAAUUUAUCUUUGCAUAUUUGCUUUUAUUGUAUCACUUGUCAUUGUGUUUUUGAUAAGAUUCGUUGCUGGUAUUGUUGUUUGGUUUGUACUUAUUGGUGUUGUUGUAGUCAGUAUUGCAGGAUCUAUUUUCUUAUGGAUCACUUGGAAACAAAAGUCUGAUUCUGAAAUUAAAGAUCAAGUGGCUCAACGAGACGUAAAUACAUACUUUGCAUUCGCAUUAAUCGCCACAAUAUCCACAAUAAUUAUCUUGUUAAUCAUUGUCGCAAUGAGAAGCCGCAUUGCCCUUGUUGUCCAAUUAUUUAAAGAAUCUGGUAAAGCUAUACAAAGCAUGCCGUUAUUACUCAUACAACCAAUGGUGACGUUUUUAUUCCUGUGCUUGGCCAUCGUGCUAUGGAGUUAUUUCGCUGUACUCAUUCAAGGAUCUGGAUCCCCUGCUUUUGAACCGCUAAGCCAUAAUGUUUACUACAAAAAGGACCAGUUAAUGAAAUUUGCUAGGGUUUAUAACAUUUUGGUAUUAGUUUGGGUUAUUGAAUUUAUCAUUGGCUGUCAACAUAUGAUAAUUGCUGGUUCAGUUGCCACAUGGUUCUUCACUAGAAACAAAGACAAUGUUUCAUCUCCAAUUUCAACAUCUAUUAGUUAUUUAUUCAACUAUCAUAUGGGAUCUGUAGCUUUAGGGUCGUUCAUUAUAGCCGUUCUCCAAAUAAUUAGAGCUAUUUUAAAUUUCAUUGAUGAAACCCUGAAAGACUCACAAAAUGAAGUAGCAAAGUCAUUGUAUAAAAUAUUUCAAUGUUUAUUCAGUUGCAUACAACAAUUUAUACAAUAUUUGACAAGAAAUGCUUACAUCGAAAUUGCUAUUUAUGGUGAUAACUUCUGUAGAUCAGGACAACAAGCUUUUAAAAUGAUAACUUCAAACGUACUACGUGUUGCUGCCAUAAAUUCUGUGGGAGAUUUUGUGCUUUUCUUAGGAAAAGUACUUGUGGUCACAUCCACUGUACUACUAGGCUUCAAAAUGCUUGAGACUAAACCUGGAGUCCUUCAUUUGUGGGUUCCGCUUACAGUUGCAGGAAUUUUCGCCUAUUUCGUGGCACAUUGUUUUAUUUCUGUAUAUGAGAUGGUGAUUGACACAAUAUUUAUGUGUUUCUGCGAAGAUUGUAAUCUAAAUGACGGAGUCACUCAAGAGUAUUACAUGAGUAAAGAACUUAUGGAUUUCGUGGAGAGCAGUCAAAAAGUGUUAAGAGUUGGUGAUGGGGCUACAAAUUAA